GUUGUAUGGGAUAUCAUUAUAGCGAGUGAUAUUUGGCUCGUUUGUUAGCGUUGAAAUAUUAUUGAUUAUUUUGACUUGAGGAAUUCUUGUUUUGAUUGUUUCGACGCCUUCAUGGUCUCAUAAUCAAAACGCCAAUCUAAAUUGAACUUUGUAGCUGCAACUGGACAAUGGACAGCAAAAUCAUAACCAUAUCAGUCUCAUUUUCUACAUUUCAUACUACCACUAAACCAGUAUAUAAAAAACAGCUGCAUCGGAUCAAAAAUAGUCAUAUCCCUAUACCGUUCAAGCAAUUUUCUGGUGGUUUACGCCCAGUAAUUAUUAUCUUACAGUCACUGACUUUGUUAAAAUGUUGACGUUAUUGGAUACUAACCAACCACUUCGAAAUAGUGGUGGAAUUUAUUCAUCAUGAGCGUUAUUGUGCUGGAGAUAAGUAUACAUACUUUCAUGAUGAUAGAAAUUUGUCUCCGAUCCAAUGAAUUUGGCAUCCAUUGACAAUAUCAUACGUGGGGCUCGACUUCACACAUCAUCAAAUGACUCGAGUUAUCAAAAUUUUUUGGAUCGUUUAGUUUUACCUGGAAUGGUUUUUGAAUUAUCUGGACCUUAUGAUGGGCCUGUAUCAUGGUCUAUUGGUCCAGGUCUUGUCUGUGUGCCGAUGUCUAGAAUGAAACCUGGAGUGGGAAAAAACAAAAUGGUGGAUUCGAUUUUAGUAAGACAGUUCGGAAUCUUAAAAUUCAAAUGUAAGAAGUUGGAAGGAACAGACUCAACGGAUACAAUCAAGCGUUUUAAACUGGGAAAUUCAUUGAGUGAUUUGAGGUCAGAAAAUUUCAUUUGGGUAGAAUGCCUUGUGUCUAAUGGUUCAGUAACUACAUUACUUCCACUUACUCGUCUCUCAUACCGUUGUCAUGUGGGACAGUUUCAGCCAGAGGACAAGGUUAUUGGCGUUGUAAUGAAAAAAGCUGGUGAAUCGUUUGUAGUUGAUAUAGGUUGUGCUUCUCCGGCUAUUCUCAAUUACUUAUCAUUCGAAGGUUCUUCUAAAAAGAAUCGUCCUGACAUUAAUGCAGGUGAUGUUCUUUAUGCCAUGAUUACACGAGCCGACAGAGAUUUAGAGAUUGAAUUGUCAUGUGUUGAUGAGGCGGGGAAAGCUUGUGGAAUGGGUAUCCUUGGUCGCCAUGAACCUGGAACUGUUGGUAAUGCUGGAGGUCGGUCUGGUGGUAUACUGUUACACUGUACGCAAGAUUUGGUCAGGCGGUUAGGCAAUCAAGAUGAAUUUCCUCUAUUAAAACUUUUAUCUAAGGUGUAUCCUUUUGAAAUAUUCCUAGGUGCAAAUGGACGAAUAUGGUUAACAGCUGGUUCUGCUAGAGAAAUAAUGAUAUUAGCCAAUGCAAUAGCUAUUACUGAACAUAUAUCAACGAAUGAAUGUUGUCAAUUAGCUAAAGAACUUUGUUAAGUCUUUUUUACAUUUUGAUAAAAUGUCUUUUUUUCUCUUCUUUAAAUUAAAUUUGAAUAUUGUACAUAUUUAUAUUGAUAUUGUACAUUUGUAAGUCUAUUUUGUAUGUAAUAGAUUAAAGUUUACUUUGUUUUAAAAAAAAAAUUGUUAGUUGAGAAAUAAUACAUGGAAGUAAAGUUAAUUGGAA